AUAUAACUACGUAUUUUGUAUUUUGUAUUUGGUCUAUGUGAAAUCAUAAUUAAAAUUAUGUCGAUUUUCCGAAAUGUCUUUACCAAUUUACAAAAACGAUGUUUUCAAACGUUAAAGUAUAGUACUGCGGUUGAAUCAAAUACAGAAAUAUUAAAACCAAUCAUUGAUAUAAGAUCAUAUGAUAGUUGCAAAUAUUUUCAUAAGCCUCGAGAAAUAUGGUUAGAAAAUCUAGAUACGGUUGAAGAAAAGAAAUUAGGUUUGAUCAACUUGCAUCCAGAAAUUUUUGCGGCUCAACCACGAAUUGAUAUAAUUCAUGAAAAUGUUAAAUGGCAAAGGUUAUACAAUUACGUGAGUUAUGCACAUGCAAAAACUCGAGCAGAGAUGAGAGGAGGUGGUAGAAAACCUUGGAGACAGAAAGGUACAGGAAGAGCACGUCAUGGAAGUAUACGAUCUCCUUUAUGGAAAAAAGGUGGUGUUGCUCAUGGUCCUCGAUCACAUACAACUCAUUUCUAUAUGUUACCCUUUUAUACUCGUAUUGCUGGGCUGACAUCUAUGUUAUCUGUUAAACUUGCUCAAGAUGAUUUACAUUUGAUAAAUAAUUUGGAAAUACCUUCCAAUGAAUCAUCUUAUAUCGAGCAAUUAAUUACAGAGAGAAAUUGGGGCCCUUCUGUACUUAUUGUAGAUAGUGAAGACAUUAUGCCAAUUAAUUUGACAAUAGCAACUGAUUCAAUACCCCAUGUAAAUUUGAUGCCUGUUUAUGGUUUGAAUGUGUACAGUAUGUUAAAACAUGAUACGUUAGUAUUAACACAUCGUGCAGCAAGAUUGAUAGAAGAAAAAUUGCUAUUUCAUUUAAAUAGAGCAGAUAGCAGAAAAUUUUUAGAAAAAUUCAAACUGAGUCAACAGUAAAAGAGUUACUUAUAUCAUAUAAUCAAAACUUUAUUUACAUAGAUUGUUUUUACUUAAAAUAUGUAGUAUGAUAAUCAUUUUAUUUUCUUGUAUUAAAAAAAUAAAUAUCUAAUAAUACAUAUUA